AUGGACGGUGCGGCCGACCUGCUAGCACUUCUGCCCGAAGUGCAAGAGGCUUUGUCCGAUGAAUUCGACGGCAUAGAAUGUUCAAUUGGUCCAGGGCCAGAUCUAUCACAAUCGCCAUUUCGACUCGAGGUACCUCAUCUCGGCAGACAGAUCACAUUCAUCCCCGACAUUGCGCAUCUGGAUGACUUCGACUCGUCAGGUUUGCAUAGGAUCAAUUUGUCAAAGACCAGCGCUCUCUUCACCGACGGCCAGUCCAGCUGUUGCCUGGAGCUCAUCCUCGGCAGGGGUCGUAACUGGAGAGAUCCAUUGAUCAAGUUGUUCGACAAAUUGUACCCAAACAAAUGGGCUUUCUUCAUUGUGGAACUUGAACAGAGCCAACCAACGUAUCAUCUUCUUUGCUGCAAUUCCCCGGUUAUUUCGACAAGACGAGAAGAUACCCCGGACUCCACGGAACCUUCGUCACAGAUCAGCUCACCACCGGAAUCAGUGGCCGAGUCCAGUAAUUUUUCUUUGUGGAUCGUUCCCGUCACACGAGUGUUCGCCCUCCCUCCUCUGCCACAGCCGAAGAAAGUGAGGAUCGUAAAAAAGAUUGUGAAGAAACGUACUCCGAACGAGGAUGUCUAUGACGAAAAUGGGGACAAGAAGAAACUUAACGUGACCUCCAACGUCUCGAAAGUUCGAGCGAUACGGAAGAAGUUAGAGAAGAAGGAGGACGAGGCACCUGCAGCGGCAGAGUCUCCAAAGCCUGCAAUGACUAAUGGAACAUCUUCACCGAUUCGGUCCUCGCCUGAAGUGUCCACAACGCCAGAAAAAUCCGAAAAAUCCACUCUCGAAAAAUCAGCCGAAAAAGUGGUGACGCGAUCCAGUCUCAGUCGAAGUCCAACUUCGAACGGUGUAGACAGCAACGCGGGCACAUCAAAUUCGGUGACUCCAGAGCGAAAACUUAUCGAUGAAUCCGAAUAUUCGAGUAUAAGCGAUCUCAGAAAGAAGCUGAUGGAAUCAUCCGAGAGCACCAGCGGAUUGAGCGGAGAGCGAUGGUCAACGGUUCCGCCACGGGUUUCUACAACAAGGAAGAGUCUAACGCCGGACAGAAGGCUGGAUCCGAUCUAUGAAGGUGAUCGGAAGUCACGCAUCAAACCAUAUGCUUUCGGACAUUUUGCAAAAGAACGAGGUCAAGAGAGGAGUAUUCCUGGAAGCAAAGAGUCGCUGAGUGAUCAGCAAGAAAAAGUGGUUGCCAGUUCACCGAAGAAGGAAAAGAGUCCCGAAGGCAAAGGUCAGAAGAAAAGAUCCGUGUCACCAGCAAAGAUCCACGAACAGGAAGUGGUCUGCAGGGCGAAUGGCACCAGUGCCGAGAUGCCGGUGCUUUGCCUACAGCUCAUUCUCAGCAACUACUUCACCUACGAACAGUUGGGUCAUCUAAGAGCUGUGCAUCCUCACUGGGACGAGAUAUGCGGGCAACUUCUCAACAGUGGCUACUACAAACUGCUCGAAAGGUCGGAUAAGCUACUCAUGGCUCUGCAACGCAAAUUGCCUGCCGAUCCAGGUCUUCACUUCCCGACAACAGUUCUUACUAACAUUCAAGUGCACAUUUUGAACUCUGUGGAUAUAAUGAGAGCUGUGCUUGAUGAAGGUGUAUGUUGUUUCCCGUACGGAGUCAUACUGGAUAAAACAAACGUUCUUCUCGACCAGGUCGAAUUCAUGAUGAAAGGCGGAGAUCAGGAUACAGUUAAAUGGGAGCCGGUCGCCCUACUGGCCAAGAAGGCGGCACUGCAUUAUCGCACUUGCAUGGAGAGGACAAUGGAAGAGAGACUCGGCGAAGGUCUACGGCUGAAAGCAGCGCAACGAAUAAUCCGGCUUGACUCGUUCCUCGUCGAAAGCACGGUCUCGAAACUUGAAAAGGAUGCUACCAAGGCGAGGGAUGAACUGAAAUGGGAGCUGGAGCAGCUUCAACAACAGAAUACACAGCUGAGGAAAGACAACCGUCAGUUGAAGAUCGAUCAUAUGCGCCUGGAAUCGCGUGUGGAAGUGCUGGAACAGAAGUUCAAGACACUUGCAAGGCUGCUCAGUUGA